CACGCCCGGCCCGCGGCACUCGCAGCCGCCGCCGCCGCCUCCCAGGACGCCGUCGCCCACCCCCGAGGAGUACUCCUACGCGUACUACGAGCCAGACUGCAACGCACGCGUUCUGCACACGCCACAGGACCGGCACUCUUUCACGACGCGCUACGGCACGGAAGAGAACAUCUACGAGGAGAUCAGCGAGGUGGCGGCCAAGAUGGCGGCCGCGGCGGCGGCCUCUGCCUCCGCCUCCGCGUCUGCGUCCUCGUCUUCGUCGCCGCCACCGCUGGGCUCGCCCAGCGCCAGCCUCCAGCUGCACCCGCGCCAGCACCGCCACCACCACCAGCAGCGGCCGCGCGCGCACGACCGCGACCACGACCACGACCACUGCCGCGGCCACGGCCACGGCCGGGGCGGCGGCUGCCGCAGCAGCAGCGGCGCCAGCAGGUCGCUCGCUUCCAUCGCGCAGUCCGUCGUCGAGGAGGAGGUGCGGCGCGUGGAGCACGGCCACAAGCGCGUGCUGGGCGAGCUGAACCUGUCUGUGGAGGCGAUGCUGAUGCCGCCGUCGGUGGCGCCGCCGGCCGACCUGCUGGAGGAGCUGCUGGCCGUGGGGCCCACCGACGACCUGCUCACGCCCGCCUCGCCCACGCACUCCCACUCGCACGCGCACGAGGCCGACUCGGGGCUCGGCUCCUACUACAGCGGCGCCUCCUCGUCUCGCUCCUCCGCCUCCUUCCCCCGGCCGCAGCAGCAGCCGCCGCCCCCGCAGCAGCAGCAGCAGGGCGGCUUCUGGAAGCGCCGCGGCUGGAAGCGCAUCGCAGGGCUCGCCGCCGGAAAGAGUGGGGGCGGGGGAUGGGGGCAGCGGUCGGCGCGCAAGGCCGGCGCCCCGGGCGGUCAGUGUCUGCCAAGGCCGGCACCAGCUGGUGGACCGGCCGGUAACCAGGCGCUGCACGCGGCGGACGAGUACAGGCGGCGGCGGCGGCGGAAGGCGCGAGUGUUCUGUGGAGGGGGUCUGCGGUGUAGAAUACACUCUUAG